GUAUCAUUAGUUGUUAAACUGUUCGUAUCUUUUCUUCAGAAAAUAAUUUUAAAAACUAUGGAUUUUAGACAAAAUAUCAUUUUGAUUUCUUCUUUGACUUGCCUUGUACUUCAGAUUAUAUCAUCGAAUGUUGUUCACUGGACAAAAUACAACUAUAUGACUAAUAUACUUACAUGCAAACCGAGCAAAAUUCUUUUCUCUACAGAAAACGUUCAUGAUCCUUCAGAAUGCACCAAGAUGUGCUUUUUUCAACACAACUGCCUCGUUGUCACCUUCAUACCGGAGCUUAAUAAAUGUGUUGGAUGCCAAGAGUAUAGGCACGCAGGAAUAUAUCAGACGUCUGCAGAGAUACAAUAUUCCAUCAGACCAGCUCAUGACUAUCACUUUAGUUGUAAGGAAGUAUUGGAAGAAAACAGACAAGCAAAAAGUGGAGUUUAUAUAAUUACACCAAACUUUACUGAGACCUCGGUAGAUGCGUUCUGUGAUAUGACAACAGAUGGAGGUGGCUGGACGGUAUUUCAAAACCGGUUUGAUGGUUCUGUUGAUUUUGUAAGAAAUCUUACAGACUAUGAAAAUGGCUUUGGCAACUUGGAAGGUGAAUUUUGGCUCGGACUAAACAUUAUCAGAAGAUUGUUGAAAAAUGUAACAAACAUUAGGUAUGAAAUGACAUCAGUUGAUGGGACGACCUCAUACGAAGUAUAUGGCGGUUAUCUUGAAGAAAAUGACGUUCUAGUAUCGAUAGGUUAUCUUGAAACAGAAUUAAACGAGACGGAUAAGACAAAAGAUCUUCUCUCAGUCAGCCUUGCCCCAUUUUUGAUAUUCGACCAAGACACAUUCGAGAAUUGCUCUGGGAUCUAUGGAGGUGGCUGGUGGUAUAAGGACAAAGCAUGUGGGGACAUCAACUUGAACGGUAAAUACGGACCCGGGGGUGGAUUCUACCACAGAGGUUUAAACGGCAACAAAAUACUAAAAUCUUCAAAAAUGAUGGCAAGACUUUAUCUCUACUAA